GUCAAACAUUUGUAUGAAUAUUUAUUUUGGAUGCCACACCGACGGAAGUGCACUCUGGGCAAAUGCUGCUUCUGUAUAUCGCUGUACUGUGGCAGCAUUUUAAUAGCGUUUUACACGAUCAUGUCGGGCCUGCUGAAUGCGGCCACCCUGGCCGAUGACAUUAUCUUCAGGAAAAAUCUGAGCUCUGAUAACUGGGUCAAAUGGUUCAAUAUCGGCCACGUUUGUCUAAUGAUUGCGGCAGCAGUCAUCCUGCUGGUGGCCGUCAUGACCAACCACAUAUUGUCCAUACAGAUAUGGAUGGGACUGUUUGUCGUGCACAUCAUUGGGUACUAUAUUGCCUACCAUGCGGUGAUUAAUGUGCGAAAUCCCUUCUUCAGUAGUGCUCUAUCUACUGUCCUAUAUGUGCUCGUUAUUCUACUGACCCUGGCCAUUGAUAUAUACAGCCUGAUUGUGGUCUAUUCGCGAUACAACCAGUUGAAGAAUCCGCAAGAUUAUAUGCCAAAAUGUGUUGACCGUACUUAGGUGCCCUAAGGGUGUCCUAAGGGUGUCCUAAGGGUGCCCUCUUCAAUUUGGAACUGAUUAAAUCCGUAUUGUGUAUUACA